AGUCUGUCGUCAGUCAGCGAGCUGACAGUGCGUCGGUGUGUCAGUGCGUCAGUCCACGGACAGUCCGCAAACCAUUUGGAAAGUGGCAUUAGUCGAACAAUUUGUGAGAGGUCAUCCACGCACACUGCUGUGGAAGUUUUAUCGGAAGCGGGCGAAACGGACGGUCCCGAGUCAACUCAUCGUGAACUCUAGCAGCCGUAAGGCCUCGACCUUUUCGGAAAAUGUGAAAAACUCAAAGAGCUAUGCUGAUCACAUGCAGAACAGUACUCAGCACCGGAAAGUGGUCGUAAAAGGCUCGGCGAUUAUUGACGAUAGAACGACACUCUGGACUGUGGCGAUAAGGACUGUGACGCAGGACCCCGGGACUGGCGGAUAGGCAGUGACGAUAUCUACAUAAUGGUGACAGAGUUGUGAUGUGCGGCGCAAUCGGUGGCUAGUGGUGGUCAGGAGAGUAACCACGACAUAAAUGACUGUGGAUGUUUGAGGUUCACAGUGACAGCGAAUAGUGACAGGAGACAGUGAUAAGAUCGCUGAUGUGACAGCCCAUCAGCCCAUGUGAGUGUGACAGUGCUGAGAGCUGUGACUGUGAACUCGGGUACCAUAAACACUGGUAAGAGCGGACAGGAAAAGCUGCGGUGCCUCUUAUACACGCAUCUCUUCAACAUGCAUAUCAUCAGGAUCGGAGUGAUUGUUCUUCUUUGCAACAGCUUUCCAGUGGUGGAGGCAGCCGGAAAGCUUCAAGUCCGUCUGGUCAGCUUCAGUAACCCCGAGUCGCGCGCGCUGGGCGGUGCCUGCUGCCAGCCCACGGCGCGUGCAGAGCAGUCCUCCUGCAGUGGCGAGUGCAAUACCUUCUUCAGAGUCUGUGCGUCGACCGGCAGCGGUGGCAGAGACAGCGGUGGGUUUGACGCGAACGGUAGGAGGGUGCGAUCGCCAGGAAUCAAACUCACACGACUGCCCUCCCGUCGGUUCAACAGGACAAGACUUCAUCCCAUCGUGCCACCGCCAGAAGUGUUGUCUCAUUGGCUGGAAGAGACAGAACAUGUGAAGAGUUCCUCCGGUGACAAACUGGCUGAGAAUCUUCCAUAUAGAAAGCAGGAACAAGGGGAACUAAGUGUGAAAGGGGAGGAAGAGGACCAAGAGGAGAUAGAAGAGGGAACGGAAACUCAGGAGGACAACGAAGAAAAGGAAGAACGGAUAGAUAAGGCACCACCUGACGCUGCAGUGCCUGUUGACGAUCGUAGUUAUGCCUCGACUGAUUCACCCACGUUGGAGCGUGAGCUUCCUCCCGAUCCGCCAGCUGCAACGAAGUCCGAGCACUCUGCAGGCAGCUCGUCUGACGGAGACGUGACUGUUAAAAGCGCCACAAUACAAAUCGUCCGCCAGGCCACUCCGUUCUCUGUCGUCAGCCCUCCAGCUCGAGAUGCUAUUCAGAACCGACGGGGGGAGCUGCCUCCCACAGAAGACGUCUCUUUGUCCCCGGACUCUGAGCUGUCCGAGCAGGAGAAUGGGUUCAUUUCACCAGACCGACCCAUAAUCAUCCUCGAUAAUCCUGGUUCUACCGAUGACGCCGAAGAUGUGGCUGACGAGACUCAGCUAUCUUCUCGGAUGACCGUCUCACAUGAAUCAAAAUAUGAUAACAAUCCCCAGGACAUCGGCUUUCAUUUCGUCGAGCACGGGGAUUUGGUCCAUCUGCAGUUUGCCAGUUUUCAUCCGAGUCCACCAGGUGCCGGUAGUGGCGGUAGCAGCACCCGCACUGGCGCUAGUGUCGAAGUUGAUAGCGUAGGAGGUGGUGGAGAGGUAGGGAAGAAAGAGCAUGGGAGUAGAGAAGGCGCAUGUUGCAAUGAGCGGCAGAAACGCGAAGCCCAUAAAGUGACUCCUAAUGCUGAAGAUGAUGCUGUAAGCGCUGACGCAGACGCUGAGGUUCUGCCUCAAUCGGGUGAGACAACUCAGCCAAAAAAUCACGGGGACCAGCCUGAUUCAGACACGCUACACUCCGAGGAUACAGCAGGGUGGACCCUGAGCUCUCCGUCCUGGGAGUUCAUCGGACCUGAAACUUCCACAGACCCACCGUCAUCUCCCGACGAUACAACUGACCAGGGACCACCGGACGUAACAGCACCUUCCGUCAGACCAGCAGCGCCUCCGGUCACACCAGUAGCGCCCCCUGUGAGACCAGCAGCUCGUCGAGACCCGCCCAGCAGUCGUCUGGGCCCGGCGCGGCUGGGCCCGGCGCGGCGCGGCGCUCCGGAGCGGCGCUGGCGGCGUCCCCAGCUGCCGUGCUCACUGGGCCUGCUGGUGACUGGUGUGGUGGCCAACAGCAGCCUGGUCAACCAGCACAACCGGGUGCUGGAGAUGACGUUCCCCUUCGACGGUGCCUGGCCGGGUGAGCUCGACCUCACUAUUGAGGCGUGGCACGACACCACAGGAAAACUAUUCUCUGAACGGCCGACAACGGCCGACAAACCAGUGGCGCGGCCUCGGAUCAUCAGUCGGACGGUGGUGCGCCGCCCGCUGGCCCCGGCUCCCGGCUGGUCCCGUGACAGGGUCCGUCAGGGCCACGUGCAGCUCGAGUACGACGUGAGACUGGUGUGUGACCCGAACCCGGCAUCACGGGGAGCCGACUGUAUGACCGAGGGAACG